GGAGACCCCAAUCUUUUGGAGGUGGCGGAGUCGUGGCCAGCCGAGGUUCAGUGUGAGGUGCGAAUGGCGGUGCAGCGCGACAUGCAGGUGCUGCCGGAGUUCAUCUCCGAGCAAGAGGAAACCAGCCUCCUCGCAGAGCUUGAGCCCGUGCUCAAGAAGAUGCGCUACGAGUUUGACCAUUGGGACAAUGCGAUCCACGGCUUCCGCGAGACGGAGCGCAGCGCGUGGUGGCCGCAGAACGAGGCGGUGCUGGCGCGGGUGCGCGCGCGGGCGCUGCCGCCGGGGGGCGCGGGGGGCGCGCCGCUGCCCUACGCGCACGUGCUGGACCUGGCGCCCGCCGGCCGCAUCAAGCCGCACGUCGACGCCGUGCGGUUCUGCGGCGAGGUGAUCGCGGGGUUGUGCCUGUCGUCGGCGGCGGUGAUGCGGCUGCGGCACGAGCGGGACGCGCGCCUCGUGCUCGACGCGCUGCUGCCGCGCCGCUGCCUCUACGUCAUGCGCGGCACGGCGCGGUACGAGUUCUCGCACGCGGUGCUGGGCAACGAGGAGAGCUUCUUCCGCGGCGCGCGCGUGCUGAAGCUGCGCCGCGUGGCCGUGCUGUGCCGCAGCCAGCCGCGGCCGCAGGACGCGCAGCACUAGCCGCGGCCUUCGACAGUGUAGGUGCAACAUUAUUUCAUAGGGCACAGAUGGUGGAGUUUAUCGUCGUAACGUCGAUUAUUUGAUUACAAUUAUUCGAGAAAGUAAACUAAUCCGAUCAAAAUAAGGGAUCUUUUCGACCAGCAUAAACUUGUGCGUGUGAUUUCAGUUUUUCUUUUUUUGUUAUCAGAUAUAUAAAACGUAAUAAAUUACUAAAUUAC